AUGAGGAAGGUUGCACUUGUCCGCAAGAGGUUGAUUUCAACUCAGAGGUUUUAUGAGAUUGGAAAGAGUAGGAAGUUGUCUCUGAUAUUCAUUGGGCUUUUUGAGAUUCUAAAGCGGAUUGGGGAGUACGAGCUUGAUCGUUCACACAUGUUGGAUUGGACCGAUUCAGAGUUAGAUGAAAAUGCCUCAUAUGAAGAGAAACCGGUUUGGGUGUUAGAUACUCGGAAUCAAGUCUUAAGAGGCAAGACAAUUCCAUUGGUUAAGGUGUCGUGGCGACAAUAUGGAGUUGAGAAGGCGACUUGGGAGCGUGAGUUUGAAGUCCGUGAGAAGUACUCGGACUUGUUUGUUGAUAUUUGA